GGCGGGUCGACGUGAAUCCUAAAAAUGUUUUUUUCAUCGCUUUUCAUUUGAUAUUUCUCUCUAAUUCUUCGUCAUUCUUUGAAUUAUUACACUCUUAAGGAAUAAAAUGGCUUCUAACGAUUCAUUCUCUUUGGCRCUUAUAAACUAUUACUGCCGAGAGAAAUAUUACAGGCACUUACAGAAUACUUGCUUAGAAAGCUUGCAGAAGUAUGGAAACGACCCGGUUUUGAUAUUUUGGAAAGCCUUUGGCAUCUUGAUGGAAGACAGGGCAUCAGAGGCAAUGAGAGAACUUGAAUUAAUCAAAGAUAAGCCAGAAGUUCUACUUUGCACAAGUAUGGCAUUAAUUUAUGCACACAAAAAAGCAAAGCUUGUUGACAGAGAGGCAGUACAAGAUCUUGAGUCCAAGCUACGUCAGGAUAGACAAAACUGUGGUGAAAUGGCUUUGUAUUUUGGAAGCAUGUUUCUGUGGCACUCUGGUAAAGUAGACAAAUCAAGAGAGUAUGUKGACAGGAUGAUUAAGAUGUCACCUAAUAACAAAGCUGGUUUGAUACUAAGAGGCUGGAUAGACYUGUCAUGUGGUAGAGAAGCAUUUGUUAAGAAGAGUAUCAAGUUCUUUGAUGAAGCACUAAGUGGACCUGAAAAUGUGAAAAAUCUUGAUGGCUUGUUAGGAAAGGCACAUUAUCUUCAAUCAAAAAACAACUUUAGUGGGGCGYUAGAAGCAAUUAAUCAGGCAAUUGUGGCAUAUCCUGAGUGYGUUCCAGCAUUGGUAGAGAAAAUGACUUUACAGUUGGCAUUACAGGACUGGGAUCAAGCUUGUGAGACAGCUCAAAGAGCUUUGGCCAUCAACCGCAACUGUAUUGAAGCUAAAAGAAUAGUGCUGCUGUAUUUAUUGUGUAGAGAAGGCAACUAUAAUGAGGUAUCAGACAAAGUUGUAGAAUUGAUACAAAUUAUAGACAGAUGUGAACCUCGUAACCCUGCGCUGUAUCAUGACAUAUCAAGGGGAAUCAGUAGACUGUGUGGGCGUAAUAACCUUGUACUYCAGCAAACACAUACCAUGAUGGAAAGAGCAAAAUCCCUUUCACCUAAUAAUGCAGAGUUUCUUAUUGAGAUUGGCAAUCAGUUAAUUUUUCAAGUACACAUCAAAGAAGCAACCAAGACAUUUAGAACUGCCAUGAAACUUGAUGAAACAAGUGUACCAGCACUUACUGGAAUUAUCAAGUGCCAGUUAAUUGAUGGUCAAAUUGAAGAUGCAGAGCAGCAGCUUGAGUUCCUUAAUGAGAUCCAACAAUCCAUUGGRAAAUCUGCUGAAUUGUCAUACCUCACAUCAGUAUUGUAUAGGAAAAAAGGAAAACCACAACAAGAUGUCAUGAAUGCAUUGAAUGAUGCUAUUGACACUCAUUUUACUGGGCUGCAGGGAUUAGCAUUGGGAGUACAGUACUUUUAUCAAAUGAAUCCAGAUUUUCUUCUUCAAAUCAUUGGUGAUUACUUGAAGUAUGCGCCAUCUGAGCCCCAAACAGCAGGUCAGCCAGUUCCCCCAUUGUUAAAGAGAUGUGCUGCUGUCCUUGAYCCUUUAACAAAGACUGUUCCUGGUCUUUUGAAUGCACAAUAUUUAAUGGCAAAAGUCAAGUACUUGGCAGGUGAGGUAGAUUCAGCAAAGUCMAUGCUUUCACACUGUUUGGAGCAAGAUUCUACAUUUUCUGAUGCUCAUCUGCUAAUGGCUCAGAUUCAUCUUCAAAAAGCAAACUACCAGCAAGCCAAUCAGUCUCUUGAAGUUGGAUUGAGUUACAAUUUUGAGGUUCGUGAACAUCCAUCUUACCAUCUGAUCAAAGCCCAAGUCCAGCAAAAGAUGGGAAACCCCGAAGAAAGCAUUAAAACUUUGAUGGCAGCUAUGAACCUGCCAGGAGUACAGAAAGCAGCUUCCAAAAGCAACAAAAAAAGCAAAAUUCAAAUCCAGCUGAGUGAUCGUGUCUCUGUCUAUCUUGGGUURGUUGAAGCACAUCGCCAGGCUGGAAACAUGCAUGAAUCAGCCAAGUUCAUGCAGGAUGCCAUUAAUGAGUUUCAUGGUACAAGUGAGGAGGUCAGGGUUCAGAUCUGCAAUGUGGACCUUGCACUAGAAAGAGGAGAUACUGAGCAAGCUCUAAGUAUUUUAAGAGCCAUCACUCCUGAACAACCGUACUACAUCAAGGCCAAAGAAAAGAUGGCAGAAAUCUAUCUACAUCAUCGUAAGGACAAGCGUCUGUAUGCCAGUGUUUACAGGGAACUGGUUGACAAGAAUCCCAGUCCUCAUACGUGUUUGCUAUUAGGAGAUGCUUACAUGAGCAUACAAGAGCCUGAAAAAGCCAUAGAAGUGUAUGAGUCAGCUAUCAAGAGGAACCCCCGCGAUGGUGCAUUAGCCAGUAAAAUAGGACAGGCUUAUGUUAAGACUCAUCACUAUGGAAAGGCCAUCAACUAUUAUGAAGCAGCACUCAAAACUGGACAGCAAAACUUUCUAAGAUAUGACUUGGCAGAACUCUAUCUUAAACUACGCAGUCUAGAUAAAGCAGAGAAAGUUAUAAAAGCUGCUCUAGAACAGGAAAAAGCAUCUGAUUUACCAUCAUUAAUGGCUGAGGCUCGUCUGUUGGCUUUACUGGCACAGGUAUAUCARAAAUCCAACAGCAUGGAACAGACUCUCAAUACCUUGAUACAGGCUAAAGAUUUACAAACAAGAGUCCUCAAGAGAGUUGCAGUAGAGCAACCUGAUGCUGUUCAGGCUCAGAAACUCCUUGCUGCCAAGAUAUGUUCAGAAAUGGCAGAGCUUUCYACCACUUCACGUGAAUAUGACAAAGCAAUUAAAUAUUACAAAGAAGCUUUGGCUUACGAUGAUACUCAUAAAGCAUCCAUGUUGGCCUUAGCUAAGCUGUACCUGACAGUAGAUGACUUAGACGCUUGUCAGCAGCAAUGUGUUUCAUUGCUAAAGAUGGACCCUGGUAAUGACUCAGCUACUGUGAUGAUGGCAGACUUGAUGUUCAGGAAGAAUGAAUACGAUUCAGCAACAUACCAUUUCCAACAACUGCUGGACAGGAAACCUGGACAUUAUGCAGCACUUGCAAGGCUUAUUGACUUACUGAGAAGAGCUGGGAAACUUGAUGAAUGUCCUAAAUACAUUGAACAGGCCGAGAAAUCUGUACCCAGGGCUGCAAUGGAUUCUGGUUUGAACUAUUGUAAAGGCUUGUAUGAAUGGUACACACUAAACCCUACAGGAGCUUUAAAGCAUUUUAACUUGUCAAGAAAAGACAGUGAUUGGGGAGAGACGGCUGUGUAUAAUAUGGURGAGAUCUGUCUCAAUCCAGAUAAUGAGACGUUAGGCGGUGAGACUUUUGAAGCCAUGGAUAUGGAAUCAAGUCCUUCAGAAAAACAAGACUCUGAGAUUAUGGCUGUGCGAACUGCAGAGAGAUUACUUAAGGAACUUAAGCCAAAAGCCAAUCCUCUCAAAUAUCGUAUUCUGGAGAAUUGUGUUCUGCUGGCGACGAAGGCUAAACCAAGUGUUGAAUUGGCUUUGGCACAGUUCAUGGAAAUAGCUACAACUGAGCGUGAUUAUGUGCCAGCAUUAUUAGGAAUGGCUACAGCAUACAUGUACCUUAAACAAACACCCAGAGCAAGGAAUCAACUCAAACGRAUCGCUAAAAUGAACUGGACAUCUGAGGAUGCUGAAGAGUUCGAGAGAAGUUGGCUCCUACUAGCCGAUAUCUACAUCCAGUCUGGGAAGUAUGACAUGGCAAGUGACUUGCUAAAGAAAUGCAUACAGUACAACAAAUCUUGUUGUAAGGCGUGGGAAUACAUGGGUUUUAUCAUGGAGAAAGAACAAGCUUACAAAGAUGCUGCAAAGAAUUACGAAAACGCAUGGAAAAAUGGCAACAGAAAUAAUCCAACCAUUGGUUUCCGUUUAGCCUUCAAUUACCUGAAAGCCAAAAGAUACGUUGACGCUAUUGACGUGUGUCAUUUGGUGCUCAACCAGCAUCCACACUAUCCUAAAAUCAAGAAGGAAAUCUUGGAUAAAGCUAGGAGCUUGAUACGUAUUUAAUCUGUCAUCUAUAAAUAAUGUGUAUAGUCGAUAUUAUACCUGUAGAUAUCUAUUUAGUGUCAGCUUAUUACACUUUAUUCCAUUCGUAUUUUGCAUGGACCUGUGGUAGAAAAAGGUCACUUCAAGGUCCAUGGUUAGCCGGCUUUCGCUUAUGUUUGAAAAUAACAACACCAAAAACUUACUCUUUAUUAUUCCUUUUUGAUCUAUGUGUGUAGAUAUUAUAAGGUUCGACUAAUGGAAAAGGAUUGCGAAUGGAUAUUUAAAGUCGCCUCAUUUUCCAUAUAUGAAAAAAAUCUAAAACACGACCGCAUUGAAUGUCGGUUAACCAUGGUCCUUUAAUACGAUGAAAGUUGGUGAAUCAGAUAUCAAAGCGACAAAGAUCGGUUCUUGUAUAUAAGAGAAUAAGUAAAAGAAAGCAAUAAAGAAUAGAAAUGGAUUGAUCGAA